GGGUGUAGUGCAGCGGGCCGGCCGCGAUGGAGCCCUGGGCGGAGACGGGGGACGAGGGCGAGACCGUCCGGAUCACCGCCCAGCUGCUGAAGGCCAAGACGGGCGAGUUCGCCCUGGAGUCCAUCCUGCUGCUCAAGCUGCGGGGCCUGGGCAUCUCGGAGCUGGGCUGCCUGGGCGAGUGCGCCAGCCUGGAGUGGCUGGACCUCUCUGGCAACGCCAUCUCCCACCUGGGCCCCCUGGCUGCCCUCAAGUCCCUGGCUGUCCUCAACCUCUCGGCCAACCGCGUCUGCAGCCUGGAGCCGCUCGGCGCCUGCGAGAGCCUGCAGAGCCUCAACGUAGCCGGCAACCUGCUGCGCAGCCUGCAGCAGCUGCAGUGCCUGGCGGGGCUGCGCCGGCUGGAGAGCCUGCGGCUGCACGACGCCCGGGCCCGCCUCAGCAACCCCGUCUGCGCCAGCGGGGCCUACCGCAGCGCCCUGGGGGACCUGCUCCCCGGCCUCAAGGCCAUCGACGGCGAGAGGCUCUCCGGGCGCGGCAGCGAGCUCUACCAGCUCUGCAGGGACCUGGACAGCUCCCUGGAGCGGGGCGGCAGCGGCGGGGCGGGCAGCCCGGAGCCGCCGGGCGCGGCCCUGCCCUGGGUGGAGGAGGGCUACUGGGAGCGGAGGCCGGCUCGGCGCAGCUCCAUCAUGGAGGAGGCCUACAAGCAGUUCAACGACGUGCUGCAGGAGUGCCGGGAGCUGAGCGAGAGGGCGGCCGACACCAUCUCCCAGGCGGAGCGGGCCCUGAGCGUCCGCAGCGACCCCAGCUCCUACGUGUUCUGAGCCGCCCGCCGGGCACCACCUGCAGGGGCGAAGCUGGGGAUCUGCCUCCAGCGCCCAGCCCCACGGAGGCCCAUGCCUGAGUCCCCGCCUGCAAAGCCCCCUGCCCCCUAGUGGGGCUUUUCCAGACCUCCCCACAGCACCUCACCAGUUCCCCUCGGGCCUCCGGUGAGUCUGCUGAGCCGCUGGCAUUGCCCCGGGGCUCAGGCUGCCCCCAGCUCCCGCCAUUCUGGGCUUAAUUCUCAGAUUGCUCCGGAGACAAUUCCACCAGCAGGCACCGUGUGGGCAGCUCUGGGUAAGCGGCCCACCACCAACGGGCAGCGGCCCUGCCUGCUCCAUGGCUCGCUCCCUCGCUCCUUGGCCUCUCAGCUCACGGGGCCAGUGGGGGCCAGAGGCAGUGAUGGGUUUGGGGAGGGGACCCCCCGGUCCUUCCCUGUGAGUCUCCUUCCCACAGGCGGCCCGCCAGCUGCCAGCAGGGCCCAGCGCUCAGUCCCUACCGGCCAGGUCCUGGGGGAACCAGUCCCUGUACCAGGAUAGCACCUUCCCUCUCCCAACCCAGUGCCUGUGCGAGAACCGGCCGGCUGACCCCAGUGGCAGAGAGGAGGAGCUGGCGGGGGGGACCUGUAAUCUUUGUGAACCCCCGUCUGCUGGUGAAGGGCAGCUCCUGCCAGCGCUGUGGGGCCCUGGCAGCAUCCCCCGCCGGGGAGCGCCAGCCAGGCUUUGGGAUGGUGUGUGCCCUGGCACAUUGCUCUGAGACCUGCCAGGGACCGGGGAUGGCACGCAGCUGACCCCAUGGGAUUCUGCCCCAUGCGAGGCUGGCAGGAGCCCCUCCCGGACCCCUCGCAGGCUGGACUAGACUGGAGCAGAGACCAGGGCCAGCCCUAGCGCUGACUGCGGCAAGCAUCCCUGAGCCGCUGGGAGGGAGUGGUCAGCCUGCUUCCUGUGGGGCAGCACCCAGGGAGGGGUGGGGCAAUCCCCUGGGUUCAGGGGGACGCAGCCGUGGCUGACGAAGGGGAGGCAGGGCCUGGGAGCUGCCCAUUCUGGCACCAUGGGCACUGCCUGGUGUGGAAGUGCCAUGUGAAGAGAUUUGCCUGUGAAAUAAAUGUCGUCUCCUCUCCGG